AUGUCUGGUAUGGAACAGAAUGCUCCGAGUAGUCGGACAUAUUUAAUCAAAUUUAAAAAAUAUUUUAUUAUAUUUUUCCUUUCAUUCAUUAUUGCUUUUCAAAUUUUUAAAGAUUCUUACUAUUCCUAUAAUUCCUAUAUUGAUAAUGAAUUACUACAUAAAGUAGUUGUAUCAGAUGUGGUAUGUAAAGUACUAAUUGCUGAAAAUAAAAAUGUUGGAUGUAAGUAUCAUGAAAAUAAAUAUAAAUGUUGCUUAUUUGGAAAUGACAUUGAUUCAAUUCCACAAAAUCUUACACAACAAUUAAAUAAAUUAAUUAUUUUUAAUACAAGUUUAUCAAAUAUAAAAUUUAAUGAUUUAAAAAGAUAUCCACGUCUUGAGGAUUUGUAUAUAUCACAUUGUAAAAAUCUUAAUAUUAUUGAUGGAGCUGUCUUUGAUGGUUUACAGCAAUUAAAAAAUCUAACAAUUAUCAAUAAUUUUAAUCUUGAAGAAAUUACCGGAGUACUAUUUAAGUAUAAUUUUCGUAUAUCAAGAUUAAUUGUAUCAAAUAAUGCAUUAAAACGUUUACCAGGAAUAGAAAUGCCUUUACAGCAUAGAAGUAUGGAAAUAAUUGAUUUUUCUCAUAAUCAAAUUGAAUAUAUUGGUGAUCGACAUUUAAAAAAUAUAAGUGCAAAAAUUGUUAAAUUAAAUAAUAAUGAACUUAAAGAAACAGGAUCACAAAUUUUUGCAAAUUGUAAAUUUGGUAAACUUUAUAUGAAUGAUAAUCCUGAAUUAAAAAGAAUGUCAAAAAAUGUAUUUGAUAAACUGGAUCAUCUUUAUUUACUAAAUUUAUCAUCAACUUCUUUAUCAGAGUUACCUAUAACUGGGUUAAAAAAAUUGAAAAGGUUAUCAAUAAGAAAUACAGAAAAGAUCAAAAAACUUCCUCCUAUUCUUAGUUUUACUAGCUUAGAGUAUGCUGAUUUUACUUAUCCUUAUCAUUGUUGUCUAUUUAAGUAUGCAAAAAGAAUCAUUGAAAAAGACAAAGAAACAUUUAUGAAUAAUUAUAAUGAAAUUCAAAAAAGAGUUUGUGAAAAUAAUGAAAAUGAUAAAAAUAAAAGAAUUCAUAGAAAUAUAAAUGAUAUUAGUAUUGAAAAACAUAUUUUUGAUAAUGACAUUAAAAAUCAUUCUGAUUAUUUAUUAACAGAAAUUUCUUCAAAUUUAAUUGAUGAUGAUGACAAAAAAUUGAUUAGUUAUGAUGAAGAAAUGAAAAUUGAUGAUUGCAAUAAUAGAGCUGUACUAGAUUUUUAUCAAAAUAUUACAUGUAAUCCUAUGCCUGAUGAUUUAAAUCCAUGUGAAGAUAUAGUUGAAUAUCCAUUUCUUCGUAUAGUUAUCUGGAUUGUUGGUAUAUUAGCUAUUGUUGGUAAUAUUGGUGUAUGGAUUGUUCUAUUAACAAUUAAAAAUAAAAGAAUGAAGCUGCAUUAUAUUUUUAUGAUGAAUCUUUCACUUGCUGAUUUAUUAACAGGAUGUUAUUUAAUUAUUCUUGCAAUAAUGGAUUAUUUAACAGCAAAUGAAUAUUACAAUCAUGCUGUUGAAUGGCAAACUGGAUGGGGAUGUAUGGUAGCAGGAUUUUUAUCUGUUUUUGCAUCAGAAUUAUCGAUAAUAUCAAUGUUUAUGAUUGCUUUUGAAAUUUAUUAUAACACAAAAUAUGCUUUUUAUGGAAAAUUAAUGAGAGCAAGAUUAGCAUAUCCAAUGAUAUUUUUUGGUUAUGCUUUUGCUAUAACAAUGGCAACAUUACCAUUAUUUGGAAUUUCAUCUUAUCAAAGGACAUCUAUAUGUUUACCAUUAUCAAUACAAAAUCAUUGGGAUCAAUUUUUUAUUAUAUUUGGAUUAUUUUUUAAUUUAUUUGCUUUUAUAGGAAUGUUAUUAUGUUAUGUAUCAAUUAUAGGAAUGGUAAAAAAUUUAUCAACACCAAGACCUGAAGAAGAUAGGCAAAUAUUAAUAAGAACAGGAUUAUUAAUAGUAACAGAUUUAUUAUGUUGGAUGCCAACAUUAUUUUUUGGAAUAACUGCUGCAUUACAUACACCUUUAAUAUCAUUAACAAAAGCAAAAAUAUGUCUUAUCAUUUUUUAUCCAAUUAAUUCAUGUGCUAAUCCAUUUUUAUAUGUUUUUCUAACAAAAGUAAUACAAAAAGAUGUAAAAGAAAAAGCAUUACCAAUACUUUCAAGAUUAUCUUUAGGACCAGAUAAAUCAUCAACAUCAAAUAAUUCUUUAUCAAGAUUUUAUAAUUCACAACCACCUGAUCAAAUGGGAUUAAAUGUAUCACCAAGAAAUUCACAAUCAAAAGAAUUAUUAAAUAAUUCUGAUAUUUCAUAUGUAGAAUUAAAAACUAUAAAAAUUAAUAGUUCUGAAUCAUUAUGUAAUGGAAUUAUACAUAAUCCACAAAACUAUUAUCCAAGAAAAUCUAGUAGAGUAUCAUUUCAAGAUGAAAUAUUAAUGAAAACAAUUAUUCAUUCAAAAAAUUGUCCUACUCAUAAAAUGUCUGUUGGACCAAGAAAAAGAGUUAGUGCAAAGCCUGAAAUGAGUGAUAUAUCUGAAAAUUCAACUAGUCUUAAUUUAGAAGAUAUUGAAAAACAACGAGAUAAUGACAAUAAUAAUUCAAAAAUAAAAUUUUCAUUAAAAAGUAUUUAUCGUAGUGCUUUAAGAAAUACGAGUAUAUCUUCAUCAAGAAGAGAUUCUGGUAGAGGUGAAUCAAUAUCAUCAUCGAUAUCACAACCAUCUAAAGGAGAUUGUAUGUAUAGUGCUUUAUUUCAAGCUGCUAAUGCAACGGCUUUAUUAAAAAUUAAUGGAUAUGAGGAAGAACCUAUUUUACGAGAAAACAAUAGAAAUUGUGAAAAAUUUGACAAAAAAAAAAUAAAAAAUGAAUGUUUAGAAUUUUUAGAUGGAGAACAAAUAACAGCAUAUGAUACUAAUUAUUCAGAGGGAGAGUUAUCUGAUGAUGAAGAUAGUCCUUCUGAAGAACCAAAUCAAUUAUCUUCUUUACCUUCACCAUCAUCAUGCUUAAUAAAAAAACAUUGUUGUGAAAAUAUAAAAAGAAGGGCGUAUACAUUAAGUUAUACUCAAAGAAUUCCAAUUUCUACAUUACCACCACGUCUCAAACGAUCUCGUACUUUCUAUAUAGGUUCAUAA